AUGAAACGACAAAUAUCAGAAUUAUCUGAAGUUCCUCGAAAGAGAAUUUUCAUUAAAAGAUCCAAGGAUGUUCAAGAAAGAAUAAACGAGGAGAGAAGGAUGGCAAUAGAUAAAGCUAACGAAAUUCUUCGGCCUUUGUUUAAUGCAAGGAAAAAUAAGGUGACUUUUGCCAUGCCACCUCCGAUUUCGGAAGUUCUAAUUAUAAAAAGGAGACCGGAGGAAUCUGAAGUUCCUCAGAAAAGAUCCAUCAUUAAGAGGUCUAAGAAUAUCAAGGAAAGAAAAAAUGAGGAGAGAAAAAGGGUGGUUGAAAAAGAUAACGAAAUUCUUCAGCCUUCAUUUAAUGCAAGAAAAAAGAAGGUGACCUUUGCUACUCCUAUUUCAGAUGUUCGCAUUAUACAAAGGGAAGGAAGAAAAGAUAAAGGUGUAGAGGAGGAUGAGAAGCCUUUAAUGGAAGUAAAAGAUUCAAUGGAUGCGAUGGAAUUGGUGGAGUUAAAGAUCCCACAAAUCUCAAUGAUCCCCAUUAAGAAAAGAAAUUUUACGGAAAGAAAAAGAAAAUAA